AUGGGAGUAGCUUCAAACCACAUGAAAAAGAUUCUCCUGCUAUUUGAUAUUGAUGGGACCCUGACUCCCCCAAGGCGUUCUCAACCAGAGGAGGUUCAGGAAAUUGUUCGGCGUGCAAGAAAAGCUGGAUUCUCAGUGGGAGUUGUUGGCGGAUCCGAUUUUGCUAAGCAGCGAGAGCAGCUUGGAGAUGAUAUUCUCCAACAGUUUGAAUAUGUAUUUGCUGAAAAUGGUUUAUUGGCCUAUAAAAAUGGGGAGGAAAUUCAUCGUCAAAGUCUCCUUAAUGAACUUGGAAAUGAGCGCAUUGUGAAAUUUGUGCGGAAAACCAUGCGCCUUAUUUCGGAUCUUGAUAUUCCUGUUCAACGAGGCACAUUUAUUGAAUAUAGGAAUGGAAUGAUUAACGUCUCCCCAAUUGGUCGGAAUUGCUCUCAGACAGAAAGAGAUGAUUUUGAACUGUAUGAUAAAGAACAUCACGUACGUGAAAAGCUUAUUAAAGAACUUCAGGGGACUUUUUCAGACUAUGGAUUAAAAUAUUCUAUUGGGGGUCAAAUCAGUUUUGACGUUUUUCCAGUUGGAUGGGAUAAGAGGUAUUGUUUGCGUUUUGUGGAGAAUGAAUUUGAUGAAAUUCACUUUUUUGGAGACAAGACGUAUGAAGGCGGCAAUGACUAUGAAAUUUACAUUGACCAGCGAACCAUUGGACACUCUGUAAAGUCAUACAAAGACACCGUUGACGAAGUCAACAAAUUGAUUGCUUCUAAAUAA